UCAGGUGCGCGCGUGGCUCCGGCUGCGCAGGAACAGCUGGUGUCUCCGAAGGCGGCCGGCGAGCGGACGGGCUGUGGUGCUGGCGGCCAGUGGCGCCACGCUGCGGGAGCCGCCGCCGCCGCCUCGCACCGCCGCACCAUGUCCGGCCAGCUGGAACGUUGCGAGCGCGAGUGGCAUGAGCUGGAGGGCGAAUUUCAGGAACUGCAGGAAACCCACAGGAUCUACAGGCAGAAGCUGGAGGAGCUGACUUCACUCCAGACUUUAUGUAGUGGCUCUAUCAACAAGCAGAAGACGCGACUAAAGGACUUGAAGCACACACUCCAGAGGUACAAGCACCAUGCGAGUCGGGAGGAGGCAGAGCUCAUCCAGCAGAUGAGUGCCAACAUCAAGGAGCGGCAGAAUGUCUUCUUCGACAUGGAGGCCUACCUGCCCAAGAAGAAUGGGCUCUACUUAAACCUGGUCCUUGGCAAUGUGAAUGUGACCCUUCUCAGCAACCAGGCCAAAUUUGCUUACAAGGAUGAGUACGAGAAGUUCAAGCUCUACCUGACCAUCAUCCUGCUCCUAGGUGCUGUGGCGUGUCGAUUUGUCCUUCACUACAGGGUGACUGACGAAGUUUUUAACUUCCUGCUGGUGUGGUAUUACUGCACCCUGACAAUCCGGGAGAGCAUUCUCAUCAGCAAUGGCUCGAGAAUUAAAGGCUGGUGGGUGUCUCACCACUACGUGUCCACGUUCCUCUCUGGAGUGAUGCUGACCUGGCCUAACGGAUUAAUUUAUCAGAAGUUUCGUAAUCAGUUUUUAGCGUUUUCCAUUUUUCAGAGCUGUGUCCAGUUCCUGCAAUAUUAUUACCAGAGGGGCUGCCUCUACAGGCUGCGGGCUCUGGGAGAGAGGAAUCAUCUGGACCUCACGGUGGAAGGGUUCCAGUCCUGGAUGUGGCGGGGCCUCACCUUCCUCCUGCCUUUCCUGUUCUGUGGCCAUUUCUGGCAGCUCUACAAUGCCAUCACGUUGUUUGAGCUCUCCAGCCACGAGGAAUGCAGAGAAUGGCAGGUGUUCGUGUUGGCGCUCACUUUCCUCGUCCUCUUCCUUGGCAAUUUCCUGACCACACUCAAAGUCGUGCACGCGAAACUUCAGAAGAACAGAAACAAAGGGAAGAAGCUGUGAGCCAAGGGACCUGUGCACCCCCAGCCCCUGGGGUUCAAGACUGCAGGGGGUUCCAGCUGGCACCUGGCUGCACCUGAUUUCCUCCCCACAGUGUCCUUGGCCACUGCAGCAGCCACCUCAGGGGCCAGCGCAUCACUGGUAGAAGGGCCAAGGCCCUGGUCCCCGGUGGACAAGAGGAAUGUGGCCCCUGCCCGUCUGCACAAUGUUAGCCUGCUCAGCCUCCCUAUUUAUGACAUAUUUAACACGGGGUCCUCCCGACUGCCCUAGAAUCCGCAGUCUUCCCUCGCUGCCCUCUCACGGCUGAGACUGGGUCAGUCUUCCUGGGCGGGGGCCUAAAGCCUCAGGGAGCCCCUCAGGUUGGGGUUUGGAUGUGCCUCGCUGGAGUGCCGACCUGCUACUUACUGAGUCCCCAGCAGGUGGAAGGAAACCCCUCGGCGUCCUGUGGAGCCUCCCUCCCCGGGGCAAACCGGCAAACCGCUUCCACUGUAAGCUCUCCUGGCCUCCGCUGCUCCGUGGUGGGGUAUUUAAGUUCUCAGAGAAUCACUGUCUGUCUGUGCCUGGUGCUCUUUGUGUUUCCUCUCCCUCCUGCUGGCCACCUGGGGAGAGGUGCCCUGCCUCCCCGAGGGCCUGGUCCCUGGGGUGGGCCUGAGGCGAGGGGGGUGCUGCUACCACCAGAGGGCGCCCCAGCCUUGGCAUCACUUGGGUGGUUUGAGAUCGUUUGGUGUUGGGUUUUUUUGAAUUUGAAAGUUUGGCUUCCUGACCCCCACCCCUCAGCCCACCUUCCUGAAUUCUUGCAGUGAGUGGGACCCUUACUUUCAGCGCUGGCUGGGACUUAAGCCAUCACAGAGCUCACCCACCCUCCCCCUUAGGUUCUAGAAUGUUGGUGGGGAGAGUCUGAGCAGGCUCACUUCUAGGAGGUGGCACUUGGAAGCCAGGACAAGUCCGCUGGUCACCUUGUGUCGGAUUCUGUACUUGAAUGCUUGUGGGGACGAUGAAGAAGCUAGCAGGUUUGGUUGAAUGUUCGGCGCCUUCUCCCACACGCGAGCCUCAGCUGCCUUUAACUAUUUCCCUACAAACCCCCUCUGACCAGAGUUCAGGGCUGGCAUCCACAGUCAUGCUUUGGCUCUCAGGGGAGUUUAAGCUUCUUUUUUAAUUGUUACAUUUUUAAAAUAUGAAAUUUCCCCUCCACCCCAGUAAGGGUCCACAUAAAAACCCAGAUUUCUACUUUCCCUAGAAAAAUGGAAAGAUCUGUCAACAUUGCUACAGGGCAGUUCUUGGCUGGGCUGAGCUGCCUGCCUAGGAUGGGGUGCUUGCUUUCUAGUAUGCCACAGACCCACCACUCCCUUUUGUACCUGUCCUGUUUCACUCGUUUGCACCUCCCAUCUGGCCCUAAGGCACUUGAGUUUUCCCUAGACUAGGAGUCGGUAAACUUUUUCUGUAAAGGGCCAGAUGGUAAGUAAAU